AUGAAUCAGACAGGUGGUUUAGCCAAGAGAACUCAAUCUGCAACUUAAAAGCAAAGAACAGAGUACAAUCAAACUACUGCUCCAUAGACCUUGCUAAAUCCAGACAACUAUGUGGAGAAACCUAGACCUAACUUCUAUAAUGUACUCAAGAACAUCCACGAGUCUAGAUCAGCUUAUAAGAGAGUUCUUUAUGUUGCCAAGCUAAAUGAAACUGAGAUCAAGGGUGAAGUAGAAAAGGACAUGACAAGCUAUUUCAAAAAUAUUUAUGGUGAGCAAGAGUUCUCAGGGUUGAACUUGAUUCUAGGCAGUUACUGCAUUCACUUGCUAGAGGGAGAAAAUGUUCUAGUUAACAUGAUGCUAAAAACUCUCAAUGAUUAUCAACAUUAAUCUAACUCGCCUUAUCAUCAAAUAUGGAUCCUUCACUAAACCGAAGAAUGUCCAAACAAAGUUUUUUCAACAUGGUUGUGUAAGAAUGUGAUUCUAAGUGGAUCAACUAAAGAAGUCAAGAAUCUGCAAUAGCACGAGAAGUCAUGGGUUAUUUAUGAGAGCAUGCUAGAAAUAGGCAAAUAAAUAAACAUCGUUAUUAACAAGGGUACCUCUUAAAUCAAUCAAACCAUUAAAAAUAUGGCAUCUGAAUUACUUCCAAUUGGAGAGGAGCUACAAUCUUGCCUAUCCGAUACAGAGAUGACAUUAAACGAAUACUUGCAAUUCAUUACAGAUCCACCCGAUAUCAUUCUUGAGAAGGAGUUAGUCUGGCCAGUGGAACCAGAUCUUAUAUAUUGA